AUGGCGGCGGCAGCUCCAUCCAGAGCGGAGGUGUUAUCCCUCUUCCGGGCCUUCCUUCGCACGUCGAGGAAGUUCUCUGAUUAUAACAUCCGCGAGUACACGCGUCGCCGUGCGGCAGACGCCUUCCGCGAAAACCGCUCCCUCGCUGACAUGCCGGCCGCGGCGACGGCUUUCGCGGACAUGAAGCAACAGCUGGAGGUGUGGAAGCGGCAGGUUUUGGUGUACUCCUUGUACGCACCCAAGAUCAAAAGUGUCGUCGAGAUGAAGGUUUAGUGACUGACACGAGAGAGUGGUUCCACAUCACCUAUCUCCUCCAUUUCCCCAUUCCAGCAUGUGCACUGUUGUUUUUGGAAUUCUGCUGUUAUCAUGUUCGCUGGAUGAUUGCCAUGAUAUGGCUUCUUUUAUUCAAUACAAUGGAAAAUUUGCAACCA